GCGGGGCAGGCAGCCGCGGCAGCCUGCACUGUACACCCGGCGCCCGCCUUUGCCGCAGCUCGAGGUGUCGCCACCCGUGUGUCGGCCCCUGCCAGGCUAUGGCCGCGGCCUCCUCCCCGCCCAGGACCGAGAGGAAGCGCGGGAGCUGGGGCCGCCUGCUGGGCGCCCGGCGGGGCAGCGCCGGCCUGGCCAAGAAGUGCCCCUUCUCUCUGGAGCUGACUGAGGAUGGCCCAGCGGGAGGCACGCUCUACGCGCCCAUCGCGCCUCCAGGCGCCCUGAGCCCCGGCUCCCCAGCGCCCCCAGCGUCCCCCACCUCGCCUCCUGCAGGGCUGGACCUUGGCCCGCGGCCGCGGGUGAGCCUCGACCCGCGCGUCUCCAUCUACAGCGCGCGCCGGCCGCUGCUCGCGCGCACCCACAUCCAGGGCCGCGUCUACAACUUCCUCGAGCGCCCCACGGGCUGGAAGUGCUUCGUCUACCACUUUGCCGUCUUCCUCAUUGUGCUGGCCUGCCUCAUCUUCAGUGUGCUGUCCACCAUUGAGCAGUAUGCUGCUCUGGCCAUUGGGACCCUCUUCUGGAUGGAGAUUGUCCUGGUGGUGUUCUUUGGGACAGAGUACGUGGUCCGCCUCUGGUCUGCAGGCUGCCGCAGCAAGUAUGUAGGCAUCUGGGGCCGACUGCGUUUUGCCCGGAAGCCCAUUUCCAUCAUUGACCUCAUUGUGGUUGUGGCCUCCAUGGUUGUCCUCUGUGUGGGCUCAAAAGGGCAAGUGUUUGCCACAUCAGCCAUCAGGGGGAUCCGCUUCCUCCAGAUCUUGCGGAUGCUACAUGUGGAUCGCCAGGGAGGCACCUGGAGGCUCCUGGGCUCUGUGGUCUUCAUCCACCGCCAGGAGCUGAUCACCACAUUGUACAUCGGCUUCCUGGGACUCAUCUUCUCCUCCUACUUCGUGUACCUGGCUGAGAAGGAUGCUGUGAAUGAAUCAGGCCGUGUGGAGUUUGGAAGCUACGCAGAUGCACUGUGGUGGGGGGUGGUCACAGUCACCACCAUUGGCUACGGCGACAAGGUUCCCCAGACCUGGGUUGGGAAGACCAUUGCCUCCUGCUUCUCUGUCUUUGCCAUCUCCUUCUUCGCACUCCCAGCGGGGAUCCUUGGCUCUGGGUUUGCCCUGAAAGUCCAGCAGAAGCAGAGGCAGAAGCACUUCAACCGGCAGAUCCCCGCCGCCGCAUCACUCAUCCAGACUGCAUGGAGGUGCUAUGCUGCUGAGAACCCCGACUCUUCCACCUGGAAGAUCUACGUGCGGAAGCCUGCCCGGAGCCACACGCUGCUCUCCCCUAGCCCCAAACCAAAGAAGUCUGCCAUGGUAAAGAAAAAGAAGUUCAAACCCGACAAGGACAACGGAGUGAGCCCUGGAGAGAAGAUGCUCACAGUUCCCCAUAUCACGUGUGAUCCCCCAGAAGAGCGGAGGCCAGACCAUUUCUCUGUUGAUGGCUAUGACAGUCCUGUGAGGAAGAGCCCCACGCUGCUGGAAGUGAGCCCAGCCCACUUUCUGAGAACCAACAGCUUCGCCGAGGACCUGGAUUUGGAAGGGGAGACACUGCUGGCCCCCAUCACCCACGUGUCACAGCUGCGAGAGCACCACCGGGCCACCAUCAAGGUCAUCCGGCGCAUGCAGUACUUUGUGGCCAAGAAGAAAUUCCAGCAAGCACGGAAGCCCUAUGACGUGCGGGAUGUCAUCGAGCAGUACUCUCAGGGCCACCUCAACCUCAUGGUGCGAAUCAAAGAGCUGCAGCGAAGGUUGGACCAGUCCAUUGGGAAGCCCUCCCUGUUCAUCCCCAUCUCAGAAAAGAGCAAGGACCGUGGCAGCAACUCGAUCGGUGCCCGCCUGAACCGGGUGGAAGACAAGGUGACACAACUGGACCAGAGGCUGGUGGUCAUCACGGACAUGCUCCACCAGCUGCUCUCCUUGCACCAAGGUGGCCCCCACAGUGGGGGUGGACCCCAAAUGGUCCAACCCUGUAGCGAAGAUGGCUCCAUCCACCCUGAGCUCUUCCUGCCCAGCAACUCCCUGCCCACCUACGAACAGCUAACUGUGCCCCGAAGGGGCCCCGAUGAGGCAUCCUGAGGGACUAGGGUUGGGGCAGGCCUGGAAGAGGAGGCCCAGGGAGCCCCAGCCAACCCAGGGUCACCUCCUGGAAGACCCUGAGAGUACAGCCUGGCAGCCCAAGCCUGGACACUGUGACCAUACCACCCAACAGAGCCUGAGCUCAGGGGCCCACCAUAGUUGCCUCCUCGCACCAGUGGGUACUAGAACUCGGCUGGGUCUGGCGUCCUUCUCAGGUCUGAGCUGGCACCCUCAUCGCUGUGACAACAUUGAUCACAGGGUGGUUGGGACCCAGUGACGAGGUGCAUCCAAGGUACCCAGCCUGGCCGGGGAGUGGCCAGAACACGGCAUAGUCUGAGGGAGGCCAUCAUGGUUGGGCCAGGAGGCUUCCUCGCAGGAGACACAGGAAAGAUCAAAAUAGGGCGAUGGUUCCAAGGACCCAGCAAGGAGCAGGGAGGGCAGGGCAGGCCCAGCCCGUGGCAAAGGCCUGAAAGCCUACUCAGUGAGUUGGGGCCUGGCUCCCUCCUUCUUUAGAGAUGCCGAGCUCUUGGGCAGGGGACCAGGGGUGGCCUGAGGUCACAGCUUCCCCAGGGCACAUCACUGACUGACGAUAUCCCCUCCUCCUCUACCCUGGACAGGCAGCUUCUCUAUCCAGGGGACAGCUUCUCCACCAUGGGAGCUUCUCCACCAUGCAAGCAGGGUCCUCCCUGCCUGCUCUGCGUGUGGCCCCUCCUCUGGCUCCUUGCUCCUUCUGAGCAGGUGGGCAGACACACAGACGGGAGCUGACACUUCCCCUCAGCCAGCUGCUGAGCCAUGGAAGAGUUUAAAGGGUGUCACAGUUUCUGCACAGGAUGGGUUCCUUCUGGGCAUUACAUCUCAUCGAAAUCAGAAUGAUCUGUGGUGAUUUGGGAUCUUGUUGUAAUGAUUUCACAGUGAUUCUGAUUGUUAAUCGCACAGCCUUUCCCUAAUAAACAUGGAGCUCCAUGAGAUGA